AUGAGCGUUGACAAUCGCCCCAGACUGCCAGUACUCCCAGUGCUCCUGCUGCAAAAUGCAUUCCUGUCAGCACUCAUUGCCAUCCGCCCGAAAGCGCCUAUCAAGCUAGCGGCAUUCGCAAUAUACACCUACAGUCUCGGACUGGUGCUCACCAGUACCACCGGGGAUCUUCAGCAGAAUUAUUCUCUUGGCUGCUCCUUCGCAUCGCAGUUCUUCACCGCAUUUCAUCUCCUGUGGCUCGCGGAUCCCUUGAACGACCUGCGCCACGAGCGCGACCACACUGCGCCUCCAGCACUACCGUUCCUGCGCAGAAUGUAUUGGGCAUCAUGCGUCAUCACUGGCCCACGCGGAGUAGGAUGGAAUUAUCAGGUCGCAAACAUACCUCCCCGUCCAUGCGAGCCACGCUGGACGUUUGUGCGCCACCAGUUGCUGUGCGCAUUCAGAUGGUACCUGCUCGUCGACCUCGCACAGACCUACCAGCGCUCCAACCCAUCGUUCUCCCAUCAUGACACCGACCUGUUCUCCUUGAGCGCCCAAGGUUACAUCCAGCGAUGUAUCAACAUCGUCGCGCGGUUCGCCCCAGCGUAUGGGAUGAUCGCCAUGCCCUAUUGUCUGCUCUCCGCGCUGUCCGUCGCCAUGGCUUGGUCAUUUCCUAGGGACUGGCCUGCCACGUACGGAGAGUGGGCCGACGCAUACACGCUGCGGCGGUUCUGGGGGCGCACCUACCAUCAGUUGCUACGCCGUGUACUACACUGCGUCAAUGGGCAAGGCGUGCUGCCGCCUGCUGGGACUGCGCCAGGGCUCCUGGGCGUCGUCGUACACGCAGCUGUAUGUCGGCUUUGCGGUGUCAGGGUCAGCCCGAAGCUGUUCGGCGCAUCGUUUCCGUUCUUCAUCGCCCAGGCAGCGGCGAUCUCGCUCGAGGACGCGGUCGUUGGCUUGGCGAAGCGGACCGGUAUGCAGGCGCAGUGCCCGGAUGGCCUAGUGCACGCGCUUGGAUAUGUGUGGGUUUUCGUGUGGCUGAACAUGUCGGUGCCAUGGUACCUCAACUGGUCGAUGCGUGCGGGGGUGAUUGAUACGAGUCGGAUGCCUUUCUCGCUGGUGACGAUGCUUGUCCCUACUAUCACGACUGGCGCGGCGCGGUUCCUGUCCUUGAUGGCACUUUCUAUGAAUACAAUUUGGUCCCGCUUUCCUUGGGAGCGGGGUCCAAUGACUAUUCACGUUGAGUGCGUCGUUACUCUAAGCAGUGAUUCACUGAUAGCAAAUCCAUCCCCUGCUGUGAUCCUCGUGCAUCUUGUUAGCAGCUAUGCCUCUAUUCAGCCGUUCGAUGUCUGGAGUGGCAAGCGUACUUCGAUUCUGGACGGGCGGUACCACGCUUUUGCGUCUGGUUUCCUGGGUAGGGGCGGCAUCAGCCAUCUGGUACACCCCGGACAGGUCGGCCAGCUCUGGGUCUUUCCUCAAGAAGCCCUUGCAUACCGCUGCGGUUCCAUCCUGCUCGGCAAAUCUAACACUAUGAGCGUUGCAUUGCGCCAAUACCUUCGCAUGCUAUCCUUCCACUUCACCGCAGCUUAUAUAUCCCAAAUCAUCUUUGAUAUUGCGUUGAUCGUUGCAUCCCGAGGUUGGUCGCAAUCCAAAUCUGAGCUGACAGAGUCUCGAUCGCCGGUCAGCCUCUCGCCAUGGUCAGCCGCAGGUCGUCUAUUAAGCUCGCGGCACAGGGUACUCGCACCAGCACCAGAGAUUCUGCUCGCCGCCACACCGAGGCCCGCUGCGAUGCGCUUCCCCACGCUCUCCCACCUCUUCCACCGCCGUGCCGCGUCGGACAGCGUGCUGCCCACAAUGUCCGCGCCGCCCCCCACACUCGCGGGCCGGCCCGCGUCUGCUAAUGGCCUCGACGAGCUGGUCCUCGCAUCCGCCCACCCCGCAGACAUCUUUACCCAGCUCCUCGCCGCCGUGCCCGCCUCCGCCACACUUCCCCUCCCGUCCGCCGCGCCCGCCGCCGCGCCCACCAUGCUCCCCGAGCUCGCGCAGCGCAUCCGCGAGCUCGAGGCCGCCCUCGCGCUGCAGUACAAGGCGAACCGCCGCAUCCCCGCGCUCGAGCGCGCGCUCCAGCACGAGCGCGCGGCCGCGCAACAGCUCGCCGCGGACGCCGCCGCGCUGCGCACGCACCUCGUCAGCACGCAGCGCGAGCUGCACCACGCGCUCGCGCGCCCCGGCGCGGACGCGGACGACCGCGCGCGCGUGCUCGCCGCGGAGAACGCGGCGCUCACCGCGGAGCGCCUGCGUCUGCGGCGCUUUAUCGAGCUGCUCGCCGCGCACGCGCCCGGAGGCGGGGGCGCGGAGCCCGACGCGGUGCUGGUGGACGCGGGGAGUGCGCUGCCCGGCCCCCGCACGCCUGAGGAGUAUGCGGCGCAAGUGCGGUGCACGCUGGGCGCGCGGCGCGAGGCGCGGGCGUGGCGGCGGCGUGCGGGGUUCUGGAAGGCGCGCGCGCGCGAGGACGGGCGAUGUGCGGAGACGGUCACGCCGGCGGCGUCGGACCUGUCGUCGGUCGUGGAGGUGCUCUCGGAAGCGCGGCAGCGCGCGGUGGACGCGUUGGUCGAGAGGCGGCGCGCGGAGGGCGGGUUCCUCGUCGAGGGGGGCGCGCCGGCGGAGGAGGCCCUGGUGGAUCGCGCGCUCGAACUGCCGCCCGCGUCGUACCCGUCUGCCCUGGCAAGCCUCGCGUCCUCGCUCGUCCUCGCCGCCGCGGGGCUCGACCCCUACCCCGCGGGACUCGACCUUUAUCCCCCCGCCACCGACACGUCCGCGCGCGCACCCCUCGCCGCGCACGCGCACCUCCCGCCGCUCGCGAGCGAGGCGUUCCGCGCCGCGCACGCCAUCGCGCCGCGCGCGAGCACGGCGUCGCUGCUCUCCGCGUCCCUCUCGCGCGCGCUCUCCCUCCCGCUCUCGCUCUCGCUCGCCAGCUUCAGCCUCAGCAGGUCGAGGUCGAGCCUCAGCGCGUCCGCCUCGGGCGCGAGCGACGCAUCGGCCCGCUCGCCGCGCCGCCGCGUCGAGGUCGUCUCCGUGCUGCAGACGCCCGCCGCGCCGUCGUCAGCCGCGUCGUCCAUCGCGCGCCUGGGCUACAUUGGCGAGCGCGCCGCUUCGCCCGCGUCCUCCGAGGGCGCGUCGGCAGGCUGUACGCUGGCGCAGACGUCGGCGUGCUCGUCUCGCUCCGCCAGCCCGACUCCGCGCGCACGCCAACACGAACACCCGCCCGCGCACACUGCCGCGCGCGCUCUCACCCACGCCACACACACUGACGCGGCGCACGCACACACUGGCGAGGCGCACGCACACACUGGCGAGGCGCACGCACACACUGGCGAGGCGCACGCACGCAGCGACGCGGGCUCGGACGACGAGCUCGUGAUCAUAAUGCACAGCGACGCGGGCGGGGUCUUGCGCAACACGCCGCCCGCGACGCCGCCCGGCGCGGGGAAGACCAGGGGGGUGUAUGGGACGCCGGGGAGCGCGGAGCGGUCGCGGCUGCCGGUGCUGCGGCGCGCGAUGCGGCGGCUGUCGAUCUCGCGGCCGGUGCUGGUGGACACGACGAACGCGGCGACGUGUGCGUUUCUGACGGCGGGGGCGCGGGGGCGGGAGAAUGUGUCGGGGAAGGCAAAGAAGGAUACGAAGGUGGCGCUGGCGCCGACACCGACACCGUCGCCCCCGCGGCCGACGAAGAUCCCGAUGGGGAGGCGGAUCCAGCAGGCGGUGCAGCCGAGGACGCGGGGGCGGAAGGGGACGGCGUGA